CACACGUUCCUGACCUGGCCUACAUCGCAAAAGAAGUCGUGAUCAAUGAUAAAGAAGAAACUUUUGUUUCUUAACCUGUCUGUGCGUUUACAGUCGUCUACAGUAACCAUAGACCAGAGGUGCAGUUUUAGCGUCAUGUCUGGGACGGAGCCGGGACAAUUUGAGCGGUCCAAUACCAAAUCCGACGCAGCGCAACCCCGCCCCAAAAAGCCGCGAACGACCGGCAAUUUUGAAUUCAGAAAGUAUGCAAAAAGACAUGUUGCUUUGCGAAUUGCAUAUCUAGGCUGGAGCUAUCAUGGAUUUGCAAUUCAGAAAACACCUCACAAUACCAUUGAGGCUCACUUGUUUGAAGCACUGGAGAAGGUGAAAUUAGUGGAAGAUGCUUUGAACUGCAACUAUUCAAGAUGCGGACGUACCGACAAGGGUGUUAGUGCACUUGGACAGGUUGUGUCACUGACUGUUCGUAGUAAUCUGCUGGAAGCAGAGGGAGUUGAAAUUACAGAAGACUGCACUGCACAUGAGAGAAAGGGUGAUAAGACAGUAGAGUUGCCAUACAUGGCGAUGCUGAAUAGCACACUUCCUGAGGAUAUUAGAGUUUUGUCGUGGGCUCCCGUGGGGCCUGACUUCAAUGCCAGAUUCAACUGCCUCCACCGAACGUACAAGUACUUUUUUCCAAAGGGAAACCUUGACAUCAGUGAGAUGAGAGAAGCUGCACAGAAGCUGGUAGGAGAACAUGACUUUCGCAAUUUUUGUCGAGUAAGAAACUUUCUAUCAUCACAGUUCCAUUAUAUGGAUAUAAGCGGAGGUGUCACUAACUUUCGCCGGAGAAUACUUAGCAUUGACGUAAAUGAAUUGAGUGAUGGCGAUUCACCGUAUCAACAGUGUGAGAUUACUAUAGUCGGCCUGGCUUUCCUGUGGCAUCAGGUUCGAUGUAUGGUGGCCAUACUAUUUCUCAUUGGACAUGGUUUGGAAAAGCCGGAAAUCAUUGAUCACAUGCUGGACAUUGAGAAGUGUCCUUCCAAACCUCAGUAUGGGAUGGCAUCGGAACUGCCUCUAGUGCUGUAUGACUCGGUCUACGAGGGAGUGGAGUGGAGAAGAUGCGAACGGAACUACGUCAAAACUGUCUCUCACUUUCAGCAGAUGUGGACUGAGAUGACGGUCAAGAGCACAAUGCUGCGAAGGAUGCUGGACUCUCUGGAGCUCUCCCUCCUCCCCUCCCCUCCUCCCACCUCCCAAGUCUCACCUCUGUGUAAACAAGGUGGUGGAGCUUACAAACCGCUCCUCUCUCGACCCACUUCCGCCACACUGGAGGAGAGGCUGGCUGACCACAAGAGAAAGAGGGCCAGAGAGUGUCAGCUGCAAGAGCAGGAGGCAGACACUGACCGGCAAGAACAGCUGCAGAACCCACUUUGAAUGCCAAAGUCACAAUAAUGUCUCUGUAGUUUAGAUAAUUCUGCAUUUGAGGCUUUGGCAAUUAAGCCUAUAUAAUAUUUUAUGCAGGCAUUAUAAUUGAGUACUAAAUCAUGCAUGCUUUCUCACGGUAG